UUAGAAGCAAGUACCUAGUUUUCAUUAAUAAUGACAAUGAAUAGAAAAUUAUCUUCAGUGUUUUUAUUACUAUUACUUUUUAGUGACAUUUACAGUGUUUGUGAUAAUAAAAAUGGUUUAUUUUCUGUGAAUGCGACGGUCCAUUAUAAUAAAGCGUAUAGAGGAUUUAAGGUUAAUAGCAAUUUUAACCUGCUGGAGAACUAUACUACAAUAGAUGUUUACCAAGCUAAUGUUAUAGAUUUAUGUGAGGGUACCAUAAAAAAUUUUCCUUUUUUAGAAAGUCUUUCAAUGAUUAAUAUCAAUUUAACUAAAAUACAACCACAUGCUUUUAAAAAUGUUCCGCAAUUAAAAAUAUUGUCUCUAGCAGUGAAUAAGUUAUCUCAAAUUAUAAAUGGAAGUUUCAACAAUAUCCCCUCCUUGGAAAUAAUAUACUUAUCUAAAAAUGAAAUAUCAGACAUCCAACAAAGUGCUUUCCAGGGUAUGCCGAACCUAAGAGAGGUACAUUUAGACAGAAAUAAAAUAACGCAAUUAAAUGCGAAUAUUUUCCGAGGCAGUCCUCAAAUACACAUUAUAGAUUUCAAAUUUAAUAUUAUCAAAUAUAUAUCCAGAGAUUCUUUUGAAGAUCUUAGACCGCAGCAUAAGAAGUCUAUGACCAUAUUUUUGAACAAAAAUAACAUUGAAGAAGUGUACGAUUUAAACUUCAACUUUAAAAAUCCAGUCAAUUUUCAUUUGGAGGGAAAUCAUAUACAGCAGAUUUCAACAAUUCUCCAUAAUUUAAAAGAAGGAAGCAGACUUUAUUUAAAUAAUAAUAAAAUUUCUUGUGUACCUGAUGAUGUGGUGGAAUACUUGACCAAAACCUCGAAAGAGUUGUAUAUUUUGAAUAAUCCUAUUACCUGUGAGUGUCUAAAUAGGACAGACUAUUUAUUAGAAAGUAUAAGCCGAUAAUGACCAAAUUCACUUAAUCAAAUAAAAUAAUUAAACUAGAAACAAGCACGUAUGUCGAAAGAUAUAGAAUAAUGUACUUAUU